CAGCGGGGACAGCGGCGGGGCUGGGGCCUCGCGCCUUCUCGAGCGCCUCCUGCCCAGACACGACGACUUCGCUCGGAGGCAUAUCGGCCCCGGGGACAAAGACCAGAGGGAGAUGCUACAGGCCCUAGGGCUGGAGAGCGUUGAUGAACUGAUCGAGAAGACCGUUCCUGCCAGUAUCCGCUUGAAUAGACCCUUGAAAAUGGAUGACCCUGUCUGUGAAAAUGAAAUCCUUGCAACUCUGCAUGCCAUUUCCAGCAAGAACCAGAUCUGGAGAUCGUAUAUUGGCAUGGGCUAUUAUAAUUGCUCAGUGCCACAGACAAUUUUGCGGAACUUACUGGAGAACUCAGGAUGGAUCACCCAGUAUACUCCAUACCAGCCAGAGGUGUCUCAGGGGAGACUGGAGAGUUUACUCAACUACCAGACCAUGGUGUGUGACAUCACAGGCAUAGACAUGGCUAAUGCAUCCCUGCUGGAUGAGGCCACCGCGGCUGCAGAGGCAAUGCAGCUUUGCCACAGACACAACAAGAGGAGGAAAUUUUUUAUUGAUCCCCGUUGCCAUCCCCAGACAAUAGCUGUUGUCCAGACUCGAGCCAAGUAUGCUGGAGUCCUCAUUGAACUGAAGUUACCCCAUGAAAUGGACUUCAGUGGGAAGGAUGUCAGUGGAGUGCUGUUCCAGUACCCAGACACUGAGGGGAAGGUGGAAGAUUUUACAGAACUGGUGGAGAGAGCCCAUCAGGCAGGGAGCUUGGCCUGCUGUGCUACUGACCUUUUAGCUCUGUGUAUCUUGAGGCCUCCUGGAGAAUUUGGGGUAGACAUCGCCCUGGGCAGCUCACAGAGAUUUGGGGUGCCCCUGGGCUAUGGCGGACCACAUGCAGCCUUUUUUGCUGUCAGAGAAAGCUUGGUGAGGAUGAUGCCUGGAAGAAUGGUUGGGGUAACAAGAGAUGCCAGUGGGAAAGAAGUGUAUCGUCUUGCUCUUCAAACCAGGGAGCAACACAUCCGGAGAGACAAAGCUACCAGCAACAUCUGUACAGCUCAGGCUCUCUUGGCGAAUAUGGCUGCAAUGUUUGCAAUCUACCACGGGUCCCACGGGCUGGAACAUAUUGCUAGGAGGGUACAUAAUGCCACUUUGAUUUUAUCUGAAGGUCUCAAGCGAGCGGGGCACCAGCUCCAGCACGACUUGUUCUUCGACACUCUGAAGAUUCAGUGUGGCUGCUCAGUGAAGGAGGUCUUGGGCAGGGCCACUCAGCGGCAAAUAAAUAUUCGGCUCUUCGAGGAUGGGACACUUGGUAUUUCUCUUGAUGAAACAGUCAAUGAAAAAGAUCUGGAUGACUUGUUGUGGAUCUUUGGCUGUGAGUCGUCUGCAGAGCUGGUUGCUGAAAGGAUGGGUGAGGAACAGAGAGGUAUUCUAGGAACUGCCUUCAAGAGAACUAGCCCGUUCCUCACACAUCAAGUGUUCAACAGCUAUCACUCAGAAACAAAUAUUGUUAGAUAUAUGAAGAAGUUGGAAAACAAAGACAUUUCCCUUGUUCAUAGCAUGAUUCCACUGGGGUCCUGCACCAUGAAGCUCAACAGUUCUUCUGAACUCACAGCUAUCACGUGGAAGGAAUUUGCAGACAUCCACCCUUUUGUGCCUCUGGACCAAGCUCAAGGGUACCAGCAGCUUUUCCAAGAACUUGAGAAGGAUUUGUGUGAACUCACAGGCUAUGACCGAAUCUCUUUCCAGCCUAACAGUGGAGCUCAGGGGGAAUACGCCGGGCUGGCCACUAUCCGAGCCUACUUGGAUGGGAAAGGAGAAAAACACAGAACGGUUUGCCUCAUUCCAAAAUCCGCACAUGGGACCAAUCCUGCAAGUGCCCACAUGGCAGGCAUGAAGAUUCAGCCUGUGGAGGUGGAUAAAUACGGGAAUAUCGAUGCAGCUCACCUCAAGGCCAUGGUGGAUAAACACAAGGAGAACCUGGCAGCAAUCAUGAUUACAUACCCAUCCACCAAUGGAGUGUUUGAAGAGAACAUCGGAGAGGUGUGUGACCUGAUCCACAAGCACGGAGGGCAGGUCUACCUGGACGGGGCAAAUAUGAAUGCUCAGGUGGGAAUCUGUCGUCCUGGAGACUUUGGGUCUGAUGUCUCACACCUAAAUCUUCACAAGACCUUCUGCAUUCCCCAUGGAGGAGGCGGCCCCGGCAUGGGGCCCAUCGGAGUGAAGAAGCAUCUUGUGCCUUUUCUGCCUAAUCAUCCCAUCAUUUCAGUGAAGCCAAGCGAAGAUGCCCAGCCUUUGGGUACCGUCAGCGCGGCCCCGUGGGGCUCCAGUUCCAUCUUGCCCAUUUCAUGGGCUUAUAUCAAGAUGAUGGGAGGCAAGGGCCUUAAACAGGCCACAGAAACUGCUAUAUUAAAUGCCAACUACAUGGCCAAGCGAUUAGAAAAACACUACAGAGUCCUUUUCCGGGGUGCAAGAGGUUAUGUGGCUCAUGAGUUUAUUUUGGAUACAAGACCCUUCAAAAAGUCUGCAAAUAUUGAGGCCGUGGAUGUGGCCAAGAGGCUUCAGGAUUACGGGUUUCAUGCCCCUACCAUGUCCUGGCCGGUGGCCGGCACGCUCAUGAUUGAGCCCACUGAGUCAGAAGACAAGGCAGAGCUGGACAGAUUCUGUGACGCCAUGAUCAGCAUUCGGCAGGAAAUCGCCGACAUUGAGGAGGGCCGCAUCGACCCCAGGGUCAACCCCCUGAAGAUGUCGCCACACUCCUUGACCUGCGUCACGUCCUCCCACUGGGAUCGGCCGUAUUCCAGAGAGGUGGCAGCAUUCCCACUCCCCUUUGUGAAACCGGAGAACAAAUUCUGGCCAACCAUUGCCCGAAUUGAUGACAUCUAUGGAGAUCAGCACCUGGUGUGUACCUGCCCACCCAUGGAUGUUUAUGAGUCCCCAUUUUCUCAACAGAAGAGGGCCUCUUCCUAGUCUUCUCUCCCUAAGUUCAAGUGACUGACUUGCUGUGCUUUGGAGUGUCUGAGAAAGAAAUCUUUCAUUUUCCA